CCGCGCGCGUCGCCGAUACACACUCCCGCGCACGCGCACACGCACCCUGUGGAUUUACUCUCGAAGCUGCGAGCCCGCCGCCAUGACACGAGUCAACGCUUUUUUGGUCCCCGCCCUACUCCUGCUGGUCGCCGUGACUGCGUCACCGCCGAAGCGUCACUACAAACGCGACGCGCCGCUGAGCUCAUCGUAUCUCCCACCAUCCAGCGGAGGUGGCCGCCCCUCAUCAUCAUACGGCCCACCAAGCCGGCCAUCUUCCAGCUACGGUCCACCCAGCAGGCCCUCAUCCAGCUACGGACCCCCACCUAGCAGACCUUCCAGCAGCUAUGGACCACCACCCUCUUCAAGCUAUGGAGCCCCGCCAAGACCAUCCUCCAGCUACGGCGCACCACCAAAACCAUCCAGCAGUUACGGAGCUCCCGCCAGGCCGCCAGCGACCAGCUACGGAGUACCCACUGGACCGUCCACGUCUUACGGUGCCCCAAAACCUUCGAGCAGCUACGGAGCCCCACCUAGGCCAUCUAGCAGCUACGGCGCCCCACCCAAACCUUCAAGCUCAUAUGGUGCCCCGGCUCCAUCCAGCUCUUAUGGCGCUCCCGCCCCUUCAAGCUCUUAUGGAGCCCCUGCUGCCCCAUCUAGCUCUUAUGGCGCCCCUGCCCCAUCCAGCUCAUAUGGAGCACCUGCUCCAUCUAGCUCUUACGGCGCCCCUGCUCCAUCUAGCUCUUAUGGAGCACCUGCCCCUUCUAGCUCCUAUGGAGCCCCUGCGGCUCCGUCUAGCUCUUAUGGAGCCCCAGCCCCAUCCAGCUCCUACGGCGCCCCUGCUGCCCCAUCAAGCUCUUACGGAGCCCCCGCACCUUCAUCAUCCUACGGCGCCCCAUCUUCCAGUGGCAGCGGGCACGGCAGCAGCGGUUUCAGCGGCAGCGCGUUCAGCAGCAGUGGAUUUAGCUCAAGUGGAUUCGGAAGCAGUGCACCAUCUUCAAGCUACGGUGCCCCUUCAGCUCCUUCCAGCAGUUACGGUGCCCCAGCUCCUUCAAGUUCUUAUGGAGCCCCUGCUGCCCCCUCAAGCAGCUAUGGAGCACCUAGCUCUGGCGGCUUCUCCUCUGGUGGCGGCCAUGGAUUCUCAUCAAGCGGAUCAGGAGGUUUCUCGUCCGGAGGGCACUCUAGUGGCGGAUUCUCAUCAGGCGGUUCAGGCUACUCAUCUGGUGGAUUCUCGUCCAGCGGAUCAGGUGGCUAUUCGUCUGGUGGAUCUGGAGGAUAUUCUGGUGGCAGCAGUCACGGCUCCGGCGGUGUGCCGGCUACCAUCAACCAAAGUUAUGACUCCAACGGCGGAUACGUAUACUAGACUAAAGUCUUCGAGACUUUUAGCUUCUUAGUAUUGGUGUAGUCAAUUGUUUAGUUCUCAGCCCUCUUUAAAGGAGCGUCGAUGAUACUUCCCUGGUGGACGACACGGUUUGGGGUUUGUACGCAUACUUGCCAAUGACGUAAAAUAAAUUUGCUAAACAUUUCUAGUAGGAAAAUACUCAUAGAAAUAUUUAGGGAAAAUUCAGGUAAAAAAAUAUUAUUUGUAUGAUGUCUUAUGGCAAAAUUCUAUCAUGCGUAGUUUAUGCGCGUAGGCCUCAAACCGUGCAAAACAUCAGAUUUCGUUAUAGAUAAAAAGCGUUACUUAUACUUGGAAAUAAUUUACCAAGUUCAAAAUUUUUUAAACUGGCAAUGUUUAUUCUGGUUGUAGAAAACACCGUCCGCAGCACGGCGUGGUACCAUUCGUUUUUCUUUUCUUUAUUGGUAGCUAUAUGGAUGAUGUUGUACUGCAAGGGCGUGCUCUAAUUUUAUUAAAUGUGAUAAAAUAUUGUUGACAUAACCAUGAUUUCCUUAUCAUAUUAACCAAUCAGGACAUUCAAUACAAUCAGCCUACAUGAGUUUACUACUGAACAAAACCAUUCUAUUUUCGGGUUGAAAAGUAAAAUUUAUAGAGAAAUUGCGACAUAUUUUCCUAUAAAAUUUUAUGUUUACUCUGCAGUGAGCACAGACUACCCUGCGCAGGCGCCACUCUCUGUCUCUCUAUUUAUUUAGUCACGAAUCUGUCUGGAUGCGGUGCUAUUGCCGAAAAAAAGUAUUAAAUUUAUUUAAUUGUAAACAAACUGUACAAAAUUAGUUUAAGG